ACAGAGCCACAGACAGAGCCACAGCUACAGACAGAGCCACAGACAGAGCCACAGACAGAGCCACAGACAGAGCCACAGACAGAGCCAAAGACAGAGCCACAGACAGAGCCACAGACAGAGCCACAGACAGAGCCAAAGACAGAGCCACAGACAGAGCCACAGACAGAGCCAAAGACAGAGCCACAGACAGAGCCACAGACAGAGCUACAGACAGAGCCACAGACAGAGCCACAGACAGAGCCACAGCUACAGACAGAGCCACAGACAGAGCCACAGACAGAGCCACAGACAGAGCCACAGACAGAGCCACAGACAGAGCCAAAGACAGAGCCACAGACAGAGCCACAGACAGAGCCAAAGACAGAGCCACAGACAGAGCCACAGACAGAGCUACAGACAGAGCCACAGACAGAGCCACAGACAGAGCCACAGCUACAGACAGAGCCACAGACAGAGCCACAGACAGAGCCACAGACAGAGCCAAAGACAGAGCCACAGACAGAGCCAAAGACAGAGCCACAGACAGAGCCAGAGCCACAGACAGAGCCACAGACAGAGCCACAGACAGAGCCAAAGACAGAGCCACAGACAGAGCCAAAGACAGAGCCACAGACAGAGCCACAGACAGAGCCAAAGACAGAACCACAGACAGAGCCACAGACAGAGCUACAGACAGAGCCACAGACAGAGCCACAGACAGAGCCACAGCUACAGACAGAGCCACAGACAGAGCCACAGACAGAGCCAAAGACAGAGCCACAGACAGAGCCACAGACAGAGCCACAGACAGAGCCAAAGACAGAGCCACAGACAGAGCCAAAGACAGAGCCACAGACAGAGCCACAGACAGAGCCAAAGACAGAGCCACAGACAGAGCCACAGACAGAGCUACAGACAGAGCCACAGACAGAGCCACAGACAGAGCCACAGCUACAGACAGAGCCACAGACAGAGCCACAGACAGAGCCACAGACAGAGCCACAGACAGAGCCACAGACAGAGCCAAAGACAGAGCCACAGACAGAGCCAAAGACAGAGCCACAACCAGAGCUGCAGACAGAGCCACAGCCACAGACAGAGCCACAGACAGACCCCACUAUGAGAGACGUGACACAGACUCCGCCAUCUCCCAGGUCUCUCUAUGUUCCUGUCAUACGGCAUGACAUCUAUCCUGACCGGAAGAGACCCCUCAAAGAAGGAGGAGUUUGA